UUAAAGCUGGAAGAUAAACAUCUCAAUAUAUUCUGUGAACUUCUGGAUUUAAACUGUGACAAAAUGGCACAAUGGUUGUGCCACCGAAAGAUUAUCACUACCUCAGAGACUGUAAUAAAGCCAAUGACAAGAGCUCAGGCUGUUAAUGCAAGGGAUGCUCUGGCAAAGAAGAUCUAUUCUCAUUUAUUUGACUUUAUUGUGGAAAGAAUUAACAAAGCUUUGCAGUUCCCUGGCAAACAACAUACUUUUAUUGGUGUUUUGGACAUUUACGGCUUUGAAACAUUUGGUGAACAGUUUUGCAUCAAUUACGCGAAUGAAAAACUGCAGCAGCAAUUUAACCUGCAUGUCUUUAAACUUGAACAAGAAGAAUAUAUGAAGGAAGAUAUCCCUUGGACUUUAGUAGACUUCUAUGACAACCAGCCUGUCAUUGACCUUAUUGAAGCUAAAAUGGGAAUUUUAGAACUUCUGGAUGAAGAGUGCUUGUUACCUCAUGGAACAGAUGAGAACUGGCUUCAAAAGCUAUAUAAUAAUUUUGUCAAUAAAAACUCACUCUUUGAAAAGCCGAGGAUGUCAAACACGUCUUUCAUCAUUCAACACUUUGCUGAUAAGGUAGAAUAUAAAUGUGAAGGAUUUCUGGAAAAAAACAGAGAUACAGUACAUGAAAUAUUGACUGAAAUCUUGAAAGAGAGCAAGUUUCAUCUGUGUGCAAAUUUUUUUCAAGACAAUCCAGUGUCCGUUUCACCUUUCAGUUCAACUAUAAACGUCAAAUCUGCAAGACCUGUUCUCAAGUCACCUAACAAACAACUCCGGAUGACUGUUGGCAGUAAGUUCCGGAGUUCUUUGUCUUUACUUAUGGUGACACUCAAUGCAACCACCCCUCAUUAUGUACGAUGCAUAAAGCCAAAUGAUGAGAAGUUACCUUUUGAGUUUGAUUCAAAAAGAGUGGCUCAGCAGCUGCGAGCAUGUGGUGUUUUGGAAACUAUUCGAAUUAGUGCACAGAGCUACCCAUCCAGGUGGACUUACAUUGAGUUUUUCAGCCGUUAUAGCAUUCUUAUGACACAGCAGGAACUCUCCGUAAAUGAUAAGAAGCAGAUUUGCAAGAUUGUUUUGCAGCGGCUAAUCCAGGAUUGUAACCAAUAUCAGUUUGGGAGAACAAAAAUUUUCUUCAGAGCAGGACAGGUUGCUUACUUAGAAAAACUGCGAUCAGAUAAACUGAGACAUGCAUGCAUUAUGAUCCAAAAGAGUGUUCGAGGCUGGCUGCAGCGGAAGAAAUUCCUUCGCAUAAAACAAGCAGCUGUUGUAAUACAGCAGUACUUCCGGGGGCAGCGGACUGUACGGCAAGCUAUAACUGCAAGAACUCUGAAGCAAACAUGGGCAGCUAUAAUUAUUCAGAAAUACUGUCGGGGUUACCUGGUCCGUAGACUUUGCCAGCUCAUCCACGUGGCUGCUGUAACAAUUCAAGCUUAUACAAGAGGAUUUCUAGCAAGAAAAAAAUACCGGAAGAUGCUUGAAGAACAUAAGGCUGUGAUCCUUCAGAAACACGCUCGUGCAUGGCUUGCCAGGCGCAGAUUUCAGAAUAUUCGGCGGUUUGUGUUGAAUAUCCAGCUUUCAUACAGAGUUCAGCAGCUGCAGAAAAAGAUAGAAGAACAGAGUAGAGAAAAUCAUGGUUUGCUGGAACGAUUGACCAAUCUGGCUUCAGCUCGUAUGAAUGACAUGGAUACAAUUCAGAAACUCGAAUUAGAUCUUGAAAAGUUAACUGCUCAAAAGAGAACAUAUGAAGAGAACAGGAAAAAAUAUAAAGAGGACAGUGAACAGAAAAUCUUAAAACUUGAGAAUCAGAAUAAAGAAUUACAAGAACAGAAAGAGACCUUAGAAAUAAAGCUCCAAGAAAAAACUGAGGAAAUGAAAGAGAAAAUGGAUGACCUCACGAAGCAACUCUUCAAUGACGUACAAAAAGAAGAAAAUCAGAGAAUGAUACUUGAGAAAAAUUUCCAAAAUCAGAAGCAGGACUAUGAAAAGGAGAUUGAAUUACUCAAGGAAGAAAUUAAGAUUCUGAAAGUGGAAAAAACUCAGCUACAAUAUCAAAUUCAGCAAGAAAUUGUCAUUCAGGAUGGCUUGAAAAUGGAAGUAGGACAACUUACAAAACAAGCACAGAAAAUACCCGAGUUGCAAAAGGAAAUUGAACUGCUGCAGACACAAAAAUUGGAUGUUGAAAAGCAGGCCCAGUCACAAAAGCGAGAAUUGAGGGAAAAGAUGUCAGAAGUUACAAAACAGCUUCUUGAAAGUUAUGAUUUUGAAGAUGUAAGAAGCAGACUCUCUACGGAGGAUUUGGAACACUUAAAUGAGGAUGGGGAACUUUGGUUUGCUUACGAGGGAUUGAAAAAAGCUACAAGAGUAUUGGAAAGUCAUUUCCAGUCUCAGAAAGAAAUAUAUGAAAAGGAGAUUGAAGGUUUGAACUUUAAAAUUGAACAUCUUAGCCAAGAUAUUAAUCAUCUACAAAAAUUAUUUCGAGAGGAAAAUGACAUAAAUGAUGGUAUUCGACUUGAAGUUAGCAGGCUAACUUCAGAAAACCUGGUGAUCCCAGAUCUUAAACAGCAAGUUUCUGAACUUGAAAAUCAAAAAUUAGAUCUCGAAAACCGUCUUCAAGAACACACUGUAAAGUUGAAAGGAAAAAUGAAAGAGAUGUCUAAUCGGCUGCAUUAUGAGCUAGAAGGGGAUAGAACACAAAGACGAACAAAUGAGGCACAGAAUGAAAUAGACAUAAAAGAAAAAGAGAGACUGAAAGUCACAACCCAAGAAAUUGAGGGGCUGAGCAAUGGUUUGAUGCAAGAUGAAAUCCAGGAUGAAGUAAAAAGCAAGAUAAAGCAAGAAACAACUCGACUUACUGUGGAAAACAUGGAUCUUGAAGAAAAACUGGACAUGAAAGAUAGAAUAAUAAAAAAAUUGGAGGAUCAGAUCAAAACUCUUACCAAGACUAUUGAAAAAACUGAAGCUCAUGUGCCAACUUUGUUCAAGGAGUAUGUUGGAAUGAUGGAGUACAAAAAAGAGGACGAAGAAAGGAUCGUUCAAAAUCUGAUCCUUGAUUUAAAGCCACGUGGAGUUGUAGUUAAUAUGAUACCUGGCCUUCCAGCUCACAUCCUAUUCAUGUGUGUGAGGUAUGCAGAUUAUCUGAAUGAUGCUGACAUGCUGAAAUCUUUCAUGAAUGUAACCAUUGAUGGUAUCAAACAAGUUGUUAAGGAACAUUCAGAAGACUUUGAGAUGUUGUCAUUUUGGCUUUCCAAUACAUAUUAUUUUCUUAACUGUUUGAAGCAGUACAGCGGGGAAGAGGAAUUUAUGAAGUGUAACACUCCACGUCAGAAUAAGAACUGUUUGAAGCAUUUUGAUCUCUCAGAAUACAGGCAAAUUCUUAGUGAUUUGGCCAUUCGUAUCUAUCACCAAUUCAUUAUUGUAAUGGAGAACAACAUUCAGCCCAUGAUCGUACCAGGCAUGCUGGAGUAUGAAAGUCUUCAGGGAAUUUCUGGCUUGAAACCUACAGGGUUCCGUAAACGUUCUUCUAGCAUAGAUGACACGGAUAACUACACAAUGACCUCUAUCCUGCAACAGCUCAGCUAUUUUUAUAGUACUAUGUGCCAGAAUGGCUUGGACUCUGAGCUUCUAAAGCAGGCAGUGAAGCAGCUUUUCUUUCUGAUUGGCGCUAUCACUCUCAAUAGUCUCUUCCUCCGCAAGGACAUGUGCUCUUGUAGAAAAGGAAUGCAGAUAAGAUGUAAUAUCAGCUACUUGGAAGAAUGGCUUAAGGACAAGAAUCUUCAAAGCAGCAAUGCCAAAGAAACUUUGGAGCCUCUAUCUCAAGCCGCCUGGCUCCUUCAGGUCAAAAAGAUCACAGAUGAUGAUGCCAAGGAAAUAUGUGAACACUGCACAUCUCUUUCUACUGUGCAGAUAGUUAAGAUCCUCAACUCAUACACUCCAAUAGAUGAUUUUGAGAAAAGAGUGACUCCAUCAUUUGUUCGUAAAGUCCAGGCCAUGCUAAGCAAUCGUGAGGAUGUUCCACAGUUGAUGCUCGAUACCAAAUACCUCUUUCAAGUGACGUUUCCUUUCACCCCCUCUCCACAUGCCUUGGAAAUGAUACAAGUCCCCAGCAGCUUCAAACUUGGCUUUCUCACACGGGUUUAA